AUGGGGCCUUCCGAUUUGAAUGAUACCAUGAUAGCCUCACAAAAACAACAACAACGAAAAACGAAAUUUUCAUCAGAACCAUCGUCGGAACAAGAUUUAUCUGAAACUUCUAAAUCAUCAUUGUCGGAUGUGCAUGCAAAAUCACCACACGGAUCCAUGGCUCAAGUAUUUCAAUCAUUACGGGACAAGGUAUCAACGGUUCUAUUUAAUCAUCAAUAUUGGAAUUUAUUUUCACAAGCAUCGACGUCGUCAUCGUUGCAUGCAUCGAAAAUGCAUGAAAAUGAAAACCAUGGACAAUUGAUUGGACAAGUUCGACCACCGUUCAUCAUUGAAAGAUUUGACAAACCUCAUGUGAAUCAUGGAAAAAAAGUAAUUGUACGAAAAAUUGUACCACUUUUACAAUUGGAAAAUUAUUUAAAUAAGUGUUUGGUCAACCAGGAAAUUGCUAUCAAGACGAUAUGUUAUUGCCUUUUGAGACAGUCCACCAUAUGGUCCUAUUCAUAUCAUCAAUUAUCUUCAACAAAUUCGGAAAAUUCUGAACCAUCUCAAGAUGAAUUACCAAAGAAACCAUUCAUUCAAAAAACCAAAAUUCCACUCUCCUUGUUUUUUAUAGGUCCAUUAGGAGUUGGAAAAUUGUACAUUUCUAGAUUAAUAGCUCAGUCACAGGGAAGACCCUUUGUUCUUUUUGAUAUGAAUUAUUUCACAGAAGAAGAAUCUCUAUCGAAUUUGGUUCAAUUUUCAGAUGAAUAUCGAUAUAAUAGACCUUUUAAUUACAUGCUCGGACAAUUGAAUGUGGUUCUGGAAACGGCACCAAAUGCUGUCAUCGUUUUCAAUAACAUGGAAUAUGCACAUCCUUCCGUUUUCAGAUUUUUACAUCAAUUAUUCAGAGCAGGUGUCAUACUGGAACAAAAAUCUAGAAAGGACAUCAGCUACAAUGCACAACAACAUUCAGUAUCACUCACACCAACGGGUCAAUCAUCAGAACCAUCUGUUAACAAACGUUUGGACAAAAAAACUGCUACUGCGGAUAUCAAAAAACCACUCGAAGAAGAACUCGUGCGUGUCAUUGACGCCAGCCAAGCCAUAUUUAUUUGCAUUUCUGUAAUUAGUGACCAGAUGGUCAAGAAAAAUAUUUUGGAGAAUGGACCAAACACUUUAAUUGACAAGUAUGAACGAGAAAAGAAGAAUAUACAGAGCACUAAUCAUUGGCAGUCACAAUCUUUUAACACAUCUCAAUUUCCAUAUGAAGAUCCUUACCUCAAUAAUGACGAAAACGAGUAUUCAACUACUUCGUUUAAACCCAUGAAGAAGUCGUCAUCGUCGGUAUUGAGAAAGUCGUCCGUGAUGACCGAUCGAACACUCUCCACUACAAAUGCUACAGCAUCACCCUCUUACCUGGAACAAGUGUCAUCUGUGUAUUCAGCGAUUGAUGCUCUUGAUCGAGUCAUUGAAUUUCGACAUCAUAUCACUCCAUUUUUAGUAGAUCAUUUGAAUAAUUCCAACACGUCAGAGGAAAACAAAAUGCCCAAAUGUUUUGAUGCAUUUUUACAUCAAUUCAAUGCGAUUGUGCCAUUUUUUGCCUUUUCAGAUAUUGAAUUGUGUCACCAAAUUAUUACACAACUUUCCACCUUUGCCUCCUUUGCCAACUCACAGAAAUGUUACAAAUUGACUUGGAGUGAAGAUGUAGUCAUAUGGCUCAUGAAGAGAUACAGACCUUCAUUAACGGUUACAGGAGUUUUGGAGAAUCAUGUAUUGACUCCAUUGGCUGCGGCUGAUCACUUGUUUUCAUCCCAUGACCACAUUCAUCUUGAGGUGUCUCCUGAGCUCGAUCGAAUUUCCAUUAAUGUUUUGAAUCGACGAGAUGACACACAGUUGAGAAGGGAUUUGAGUUUGAUUCAAUCCAAACUGUGA